GCAGCUGAAACCGAAAGUGUGGUGCUCGGGGCGCCGCGCGGAGAUUGGUUCACCUUCACCUGCGGGAACCCCAGCCGACCCAGGUGGGAGGCCAGACGAGCACUAAGACAUGAACGGAAGAGUGGACUAUGUGGUCACUGAGGAGGAAAUCAAUCUGACCAGAGGACCCUCGGGGCUGGGCUUCAACAUCGUCGGUGGGACAGAUCAGCAGUAUGUCUCCAACGACAGUGGCAUCUACGUCAGCCGCAUCAAAGAGAAUGGGGCUGCGGCCCUGGAUGGGCGGCUCCAGGAGGGUGAUAAGAUCCUCUCGGUAAAUGGCCAAGACCUAAAGAACUUGCUGCACCAGGAUGCUGUAGGCCUCUUUCGUAAUGCGGGCUAUGCUGUGUCCCUAAGAGUACAGCACAGGUUACAGGUGCAGAAUGGGCCUAUAGGACAUCGAAGUGAAGGGGAGCCGACUGGUAUUCCCAUAGCUCUGGUGCUGGUGCCGGUGUUUGCCCUCACCAUGGUAGCAGCGUGGGCCUUCAUGAGAUACCGGCAACGACCUUGAAAAGCAUGCUUUCUUCCAGUGCUCCCAAUAGAAGAUACGUUUGUCUCUCCCUCUCCCCCUCCUCCCCUGCCAUUCUCCCAUAUCCUUCCCUCUCUCUGCAUAGCCAACACAUCAUUUCAAGAGACUGCUACCUAGCCAGGACCUCACCGUCCAAAUCGCCAAGUCCUUAUAUUCUAAUGGGAGCGUGAAGGCGUUGUUUGAAGGAAAGUUGAAGAAAAGACUUGGCUUGGGACAAAUGGAGAGUUAAUCUGUUUUGCUAGGAAUGCCAAAUAGAAGUUCAGCUACAACCCAAAGAGGGAAAGGUCCGGUCUUCCCACCAGCACGGGUGAUACCUGUUUCUUAGCUGGUGUGCCUCAAGGGCCAGCUGUGUGCUGCAAGAGAAGAGAGGAUUUUUCUUCUUCAUAGUCUUCCUUGGGAGGUUUUUGUGGCCUUUAUUUAAUUUCUAACUACAAACUUGGGUGCCUUUAUCAAACACAGGAUAGUGAGGAGAGCAUUUUUACUUUUUUAAAAAAGCAAAUGCACACACACACAUCCAUAUAUGGCAGAAUAAUAGUGAUGCCUCAUGGAGAAUUAAACAAGCAGAAGGUGGCUCUGUGGUUUCAGUUGUCUGUUACGAGGGAUGCUCUUAAUGGAAGAAUUUGGUACAUAGCAGGAGUGAGGGCGUGAGCCUUAAAAAGAUGCCCAAAGAGAGAAAGAGAAGACCAAACCAACUAAUCAAAAAUCUUAGAAUGGUAUUUCUUCUUACAAGAGGUGUGGUGAAGUGGAGGUAAAAUGCCAUAAUCCAGCUUUCCCUAAGUCAGUCGGUUCCCCAGCCUUUGAAAUAUAGAGAUAAAUCUUACUGGUCUCUGGGCUGCCCUAGUGACUUUUCUGGUACCUCAUGGUCCUGUUUAAGGAUCAGCUGGGAUGACUGUGGUCAGAGUGAGGGUGAUGGGGCCAAACCAACCCAGAAAAACCCUAAAGGGCCAAAGGACAGUGCCUCCAUGGUGACGCCUGCACCCUCAGGCUACUUAACAUAACGGCAAAAUUCUGAGAGAAGGAACCGCUCCCUGGCAGGACAGGCAGGGAAAUCAGCUCAGCUUAUGAUUCAGGUGAGAGGGUUUGGAUCGCAGGUAUUUUUGAAAGGAUCUAAACACCGUGGGCUGUGGCUUUUAACAAACAAACCAUUUUGCAGGGAAGGGGAAGAAAAGAGUUUUGUUUAUCUUAGUGGGUAGGGAAGUUUGGUUGAUGUUUCAUGGGGAGACCUUGAGAGGAGUUGGAUGAACGGAUGCUCAGGAAUACCAAAGACAUUAACGAGGUAGGAACCUUUCCAUUCAUGUGCUGUUGAAUGUUGGUUUUCAAGUACUAACUAAGGAGAGCUGAACCAAGGCUAAUUCUCUGGCUUAAAAAGAAAUCAUUUCCACCCUCCAGAUAUCCUGGCUGUAGGCUAUAGGCCUUACCUGAUCCUGACAGCAAGAGUGUGAAGACGUACGUACACUGAGGUAACCAUUGGGUCCGACUUUUAGCAUGCGUAAUCCCAUCAGUAUGUUACACAGGUUGCUUGGAUGCCAGCUUUCUUAAGACUCUUGUACAAGAAUGUCAAAUUUAUUGCACAUGGCAGAAGGGAAUGGUUCCUGAGACUCAGAACACUUGCAAACGUUCCUUAGAGAAAGGGGACAAAUUCAGGACCCUUGAGGAGCCCACAGUCUAAUUAAGGCAGUUCAUAAAUAGAUGAGAAGUUAGAAGUAUAUCAUCUGGUUAAGUAACAGUUGAAAACCAUGGAAAAAAAUUCAGAACAUGAUGUAGCCACAGAGAUGUGUAGGCAGCCAUCACGUUUUUUUUUUU